AGUUUUACUUCAUUGGGAACAAUUUUGGCUAUUUCAUGUAUUUGUGUUCCUUUUGUAUUUUUACGUUUUACAUUUUAUAACUGUAUGGAGCUGCCUAUUUCCAGACAAAAUACCGUCAGAAAUAGGAACAAGUCUAUCAGGCCUAGUAUACCAAAGAGAAGGGCACUGUACGCUGUUGAACAGGUUACAAAGCAAGAUUUGACACCUCUCCAGAGACUUAAAAAAUUUAAGAAACUACAAGAAAAACAAGCCAAAGUACAAAAAAGUCACACGAAAGAACCUGGUGUAAAAAGAGUAACGUUUGCUGACGAAAUGACUUCUGAAGUGGUUGCGGUUAAUGGGUCUCACGAGAAAGACUUAGACAACGAUGAAAAGAUAUUAAAACCAAGAAAAUCAAUCCUUUCAAAUGAUCAUGUUUCACCAUUGCAAAAUGGUAACAAUGAAAAUGGAUCUGUUUCUGAUAAUACAGAAAGUGAGGGUAUUGAAAAUGGUAAUGAUGCAGAUAUUCAAAAUGGGGAGGCUAGUAAGUCUGACAAGAGAAGUCUACGACAAAAGAAUUUGCAUGAAAAAAGAGAAGGCACUCCAACCAGGCAGUCCUUGCCUAGGGAAACCAAAAUUGUGAAAGAACCCACUCCUAAACCUGAGACACCGAAUAAGAGAGAGAAAUCAAAACCUAGAGGGACCCCUGCUAAGGUUAAUUCCUCAGAAAGUAAUCCUGAUCUAAGUGUACCCAAGCUGAAUGAUGGACAUAAGGAUGGCUCUGAACGUAGGACUGCAGCCUCUGAUGAACUUGUUGUUUCAAAAAAUGAAGAAAGCAUUGCCAUUGUUGGUGAUGGGAUUAACGAGAGUAAAAAUGUAAAUAGUAUCGCAGGAAGUGAAGAAGACGUCGUGAAAGAGAAACCACAAGAAAAAAGCUUUUUUUCUGCAUUUCGAAGGAUUAGUAGGUCUUCCUUGGAAACAAAAGACACAUGUGAGGCUAGCAGUUCCAGUGUAUGUCUUGAUUCAUCAUCUAUCAAAGAGGCGAAUGUCGUACCCUCCGGAGAGAUCAAAGGAAGAAAACCAAUAAAUUCUUUUUCCAGGUUCCCUGGGAGGAAUGUGAGCAUUACAUCUCUUGAUAAAUCAUUGAAGAGAAAAGCAAAUGAAUCAUUUGAAGAAGAAGAAGAAGAAGAUAGAAAAAGAUUUGCUGGGGAAACUGCAAGCGGCUCAGAAAAAUCACCAGGGUGGAGUUUCUUCUCUCCAUCAUUCAGGGUUUGGUCCCCACCUCAGGCUCCCAAGACCUAUCUACCUACCUCCACUCCCUUCCAUAAGAGGGAAGAACAAGACUCCAUGGCAGUCAACUAUGAUUCCAAAACCAAGUUGGACCUCGAUGAGUCUAUCGAAAGCGAUGCAUUGUCCUCACAACAGAAGGCCAAUAAAUGGUGUACAAUCAUGUAAGGAAAUAUUUUAUCUUUUUAGAAUAGACCCUAGUGAUAUACACAAUCUCCUCAAGACUCUCAUUUUGUGUUAUUUAGUCUGAAACAUCUAUCAGUGCAAUCUGUUAUGUAGCUAUGUUAAAUUUAUACUUCUCCAUCUGAAAAGUUUGUAGCUUAAUCCAUAUUUUGGCCAACAAAGUAAAAUUGUUAUUUUUGCUGGAACUAUAACAGAAAAGUGUCUCUAUAUUAAAAAAAAAAACCAGUUUUAGAAACAAGAUUAUGCUGGUAGUUAUUUUUAAUCCCUAUAGAAUCGAUAAGGAAGUUUUUUAAGAAAACACAAUGGCCCAGAAACAUUUUAAAUAACUACUAAAGAUGUUUAAGAAAUAUUCUGGAGUAAAACUUUUAAAUUAAAUAUUAAACUAACAAAAAUAAAUGGCACAUUUGAAAAACUGUUUAUGGUUGUAAAUAUUUCUGCGUAAGCCUUUCUGCUGUUAAAAUAUGAAAAUAAAUUAAACACUCAUUACAGAAUACUUAUAUAUUUGAUAAUUAAAAUCAGAACUUUGGAAGUUAACAAAUUUGUUUUGGAAAAAAGAACUUAACAGUUAUACGUCAGUUUUGGUUUUAUAGUUCUACAUUGUAUUGAUUUUGUUAUAUGCUAUUCAUAUUAACGAGAAAAGCUUCUAAGCUCUCUAAAAAGAUAUAGAACUAACUCAUUUUAGUUUAAAAAUAAAGAUCUUAUCAAUGUCCGGUGUACUUUGGUACCUACUUAAUAUUGGUUUAUUGUUUAUAUAUUAUAGGUAGUAUUUUUUAUGUAUUUGUUCAUGUAUAAAACCAAUUUGUUUAGUAAUAUUAUCUUAAGUAUAUUAGUUAGCAUUAUAAAGAACAUGUCUUUUGAUAUUGUACUUUUUGUCAUGAGUUACAAUGCCUGUAUCAGUUUAAUGGGUCUAAGAUAGAUUUUUCACUGUCUCUUCUAUUGUUUCAACAGUUGAGUCCAUUCUGUAAAACAUUUUAAAAGAACUCAUGAGAGGUUAAUUCAAACUCUUACUUUGGUUAUAUUUUAAUUAGUUGUUAUUAAUUGCUAUUUGAUCACGGAUCAAGCUUAAUUCAAAGUUAACAUACAAAAUGUGUAUUGAAUCCUUGAAAUUAUUAAUAGCUCUAUUAAAAUGCACCUGGAAUUCACUAAAUUAAACUCUGGUAUGCCGUGUCUCCAUUCUCAUAUGAACCAGUGUUUGAAAAUACAAUUCUGAAUAAAUCAGUUUAUGGCUUAAAUUACCCAACACAAUACAUUCAUAUUUGUUCAUAUUUGUUAUUAUUUUGUUGUGUUUCUACCUAGAAGCAACUAUCCGACUAAACGAAACCUUUAGGUAUUAGGAGCAAGGUAAGGUUUCAAUUAAUUAGGAUCAAGAUCUACUCUUUGUGUAUUAUAUAUUUAGCGAUAAAAUAUUUAUGUUUAGUAUUUAUGUUGUAACUUUUUCACGAAUUAGAAAAUAAUAGCAUUAAGACUUGUGUUGUACUGGUCCAAAACAUAAAAGAAAACAAAUUAAUUUAUUAAGAACAAAAUUGCUGUACCUGGUAGGUGUUGAGUGAUUUAAGGCUAAGAUUGUGUUUUAUAGACAUUGUAAAGACUUAGUUGUUUGAAAUGAAAGAUAAAAUGAGAUCUCAAAAUGAGAUUUCAAAGGUUAGGAAACCAAACAUCACAAUGGAAGAGGUACGAAAAGGAAUCAAGUUGUAUUGGAAUAUUUCCUUAACCUAAUACAAUAGUUUUACAUAAUAGUACAAUAAACAUAACCAAUGCCAUUAAUUGCACCACCUAUGGUCUGAAAUGUGCCAAUUUUGAAUAAUUAAUAUUAAUAUUAUGAUUUUUUGUUUGGAAGCCAAAUAACAAAACACAACGUUCAACCAACUUGUGAGCUCGAGUUUAGAGAAAGUGAUAUUUUUUUAUAUUGGUUAUUGAUAAGUUAUUUAUGAAACAUUUUUUUGUAUCUCUUAGUGUUAAUUUUUAUCCUUCAUUAAUUAGAUUAGUUGAAAAUUAAAUUAUUCGUAAUUAAUUAGAUUAGUCCAAAUUGAGUUAUUUGAUUGAUAUAAAAAAAUAUGUCACUUAUAUGAAAUUUUCCUUAUUUAUGAGUUAAGGAUAUUAACAAAAUUCUAUAAAUUCUGGUAUUGAACAGAAUACUUUCUAUAACUAAUAUUUGUUCAAACCAAAGCUUUGUUUUGUAAUAAAAUAUGGUAACUCUUUAUUUACAUACAUUUAU